AUGACUCCUUUUAAGCGUCCCCACCUCUGUGCGUCUGAAGGCCACGCCGACAUCGCCGUUGAGUUGACGCCGCUACGUCAACUCCAGAAGUACGCCGAUUUUGAGGAACUGCUUCGUGAGGAGCUUCAAAAAGUUUACGGCGGCGCACCUGAGGAGUUUCGUGGCGUCAUCACGUACAGUACGCGGGGGGAACCGCAGCGUUUCACCGGUUGCUUCACGGAAAGUCAGCUGGAGAUGCUGCAUCGGUAUGACGCCGCCGUCGAAAAGGCAAAGCGUCUAAUUAGUGAGCAUCAAGCAGCCGCUGAGGAGCAUGAGCGUGUUGUGGAGGCGAACAAGGAUAGAAAAGCCACGCAAAAGAGGCUCAGGGAAGAAGCGAAGGCGCGAAGGCGUCUCCGGGACAUGCAGCGCGGUGUUGCCGCAGCAGAAUAUGAAGUGGAAUGUCUAACCCUGAAGUUGAAGAACCUCUUUGCCAUUGAUGUGAUCCGCGUCCCACUGAACUGA